AUGUUCAAUGGUCGCAGACUGUCGUGCCCGGUACCGAAGGCGAACUUUGAGCUCAGCAAAAACCUCGUCGACUAUCAGCAUCAGGCGAAACUGUUGAUUCGUCGCCUGACUCCCGGAUCUCCGUCGCGGUGCUCUCUGGUGGCCGGUACCCAUCACUUCCACUAUCUCCUUGAGGCUGGUGUCUGCUACCUCAUUCUUGCCGCUGCCAACUUUCCACGUCAGAAGGCCUUCUCCUUCCUGGAAGAGGUGCAGACCCAGUUUUCCGGUCAGUAUGCCAAUGACAUUUUCACCGUCUCCCGGCCUUACGGAUUCAUUGAAUUUGACAGGGACCUGCAGAAACUGCAACAGAAGUACACUGACACGCGUGUCUCCUCAAAUGUUUCGCAACUGAAUGUCGCCCUGCAGGAUGUGCAGAGAAUUAUGAUUCAAAACAUUGAUGACGUACUUAAACGUGGAGAGGCCCUAUCGGAACUGGAUGCGCAGGCCAAUGAUCUUUCAAGCCUCUCUCGCAACUACCGGCAAGACGCAAAUGCUCUAAACCUCCAAUCAGCCUAUACAAAGUACCUAAUCAUAAUCGGAGUCGUUCUAAUAAUCCUGUCAUUUUUGUACUUCCGGUUUUUGUGCCUGCCGGGUUGGCUGGAAAAG